GCACUUAGCACAAGGUGGAGAACAAAACAAGGGAUCCUCUUCAAAAGGGGGAAGAAUUAAAGGGACACCAAAUGUAAGCGGCUGUAUUUUGUUUUGUGUGCGGAGGGGGUUGAAAGGAAUUAUUACCAGGAUGCAGAAAUCACCUGUGGAAGAUGCCAACUGGUUGUCCAAAUAUUUCUUCUGGUGGACAUACCCGAUUAUGAGAAAGGGUUUCACGGAGAGGUUAGGUCCUUCAGAUGUGUAUCAAGUUCCAUCUUUUGACAGAGCUGACGUUCUCGCCGAUCACUUAGAGAGAGAAUGGGACAGGGAGGUUGCCUCUGGGAAGAAGAAUCCCAGACUGCUCUUUGCACUGGCUCGAGUUCGAAGUUUCUUUUGGCCUUUCGUGAUCUGUGGAAUCCUUUUGUAUUUGGGGGAAGCCUCGAAAACGGUGCAGCCCCAGCUCCUGGGGCGCAUCAUCGCCCAGUUCGACCCGUUCCAUGCCCCCGAGCGGGCGCAGGGCUACUUCCUGGCCCUGGGGCUCAGCCUCCUCUUCACCGCUCGCUUCCUGCUCCUCCAGCCGGCCGUCUUCGGCCUGCACCACGUGGGCAUGCAGAUCAGGAUAGCGCUGUUCACACUCAUCUACAAGAAGACCCUGAAGCUCUCCAGCCGAGUCCUGGACAAGAUCAGCACGGGGGAGCUGGUGAGCCUGAUGUCAGCGCAUCUCAGCAAGUUUGAUCAGAGUAUGGGCAUGGCCCACUUUGUGUGGAUAUCGCCGCUGCAGUGCAUUCUCAGCGUUGGCAUGGUGUGGGAACUCAUAGACGUCAAUGGCUUCUGUGCCCUGGCUGCCAUCUCUCUGCUAGGCAUCAUCCAGGCCGGCCUCUCGCACAAGAUGGGCCCUCACAAGGCACAGAGAGCCAAGCUGACGAGUAAACGGCUCGCCUUAACCUCUGAUAUCAUGGAGAACAUUCACUCAGUGAAGGCCUAUGGAUGGGAGGAGAUCAUGGAGACUAUUAUCAAUAACAUGAGGAAGAAAGAGGUGAAGUUCACGCAGAAGAUCGGCUCGCUGCGCUACUUCUACAGCUCGGCGUACUUCUUCUCGGCCAUCUGGAUCAUCGUGGCGGCGGUGGUGCCUCACGCGCUGAGCCGGGGCAUCAUCCUGCGCCGCAUCUUCACCACGCUGUCCUACUGCAUCGCCCUGCGCAUCACCGUCACCCGCCAGCUGCCCGCCUCCAUCCAGAUGUGGUACGACACGGUCGCCCUGCUGAAGAAGAUCGAGGAUUUUCUGAGCAAGGAGGAGUACAAGGUACCGGAGUAUAACCCGACAGCCACUGGGCUGAAGCUCAACAAUGUAACAGCUUCAUGGGAUGAGGGGAUCGGGGAACUGUUCGACAAGAUUCGGCGCGAGAACAAAGAGAAGGAGAAUGGCCACAUGAACGGGGACGCCGGGCUCUUCUUCACCAACCUGUACGUGACGCCCGUGCUGAGGAAGAUCAGUCUGAGCCUGGAGAAGGGCGAGAUGCUGGCGCUCGCCGGCUCCACAGGCUCUGGGAAGAGCUCUCUGCUGAUGACAGUAUUGGGGGAGUUGGUUCCAUCGGAGGGAACCAUUCGCCAUAGUGGCCGGAUCUCCUUUUCACCCCAGACCGCCUGGAUCAUGCCGGGCACCAUCCGGGACAACAUCCUGUUUGGCCUGAGCUAUGACGAGUACCGCUACAAGAGCGUCAUCAAGGCCUGCCAGCUCGAGCAGGACCUGGCUGCCAUGCCCGAGAAUGACAAGACUACCCUGGCAGAGGGAGGACUCAACCUCAGUGGGGGCCAAAAAGCCAGAGUGGCUCUUGCCAGGGCCGUGUAUAAGGAUGCUGAUGUCUACCUGCUCGAUGCUCCCUUCACCCACCUGGAUAUUGCCACAGAGAAAGAGAUCUUUGAGAGGUGUGUGUGUAAGCUCAUGGCCUCCAAGACCCGGGUGCUGGUCACCAGCAAGCUGGAGCACCUGAAGCGCGCCGACAAGAUCCUGCUGCUGCACAACGGCGACUGCUUCUUCUACGGCACCUUCUCGGAGCUGCAGGCCCAGCGGCCGGACUUCAGCUCGCUGCUGCUGGGCAUGGAGGGCUACGACAACAUCAAGGCCGAGCGCCGCACCUCCAUCCUGUCCGACACGCUGCGCCGCGUCUCCGUGGACGAGACGGCCAACUACCGCUCGGAGCGGCCCUCCUUCCGGCCGCCGCCGCCGCCCGCGUACGCCGCCGAGCAGCGGGAGGAGCGGCGCUCGUCGGUCCUGCUCAACCCGCUGGCGGCCGCCGCGCGGAAGCUCUCCUUCAUCCCGUCGUCCAGCUCGGCCGGCGGCGACGAGGACGGGAUGGCGCGGAGGCCGCCGCCCGACAGGAAGCUGUCGCUCAUGCCCGAGGACGAGCUGGUGGACGAGUCCUUCUCGGGUGGUGACGUCUACCACAACCACGGCGUGCACAUGGCCGGCCAGAGGCGCCAGUCGGUGCUGGACUUCAUCACCAACGUCGGCGGAGGCGGCGCGCGCCGAGACCCCUACCGCUCCUCGUUCCGCAGGAAGAUGUCCAUCCUGCCCCAGGGCGACCUGGCCUCGGAGGCGGACAUCUACGCCCGCCGGCUCUCCGACGACUUCAACGACAACAACGACUUUGACUUCAGCGGGGACAUGGACGGGGAGCACAUAGAGGCUUGCUUCGCAGAUCAACAAAUCGAAGAUGUCUUUGAGACAACCAAGUGGAACACAUAUGUCCGCUACGUGUCCACCAACAAGAACCUCAUCUAUGUGCUUAUCUUCAUUUUCAUAGUUUUUGCAGCUGAGGUUGCUCUCUCUGUCCUCGGCAUUUACUUGAUCACAGAUAAGGUGUGGAGGGAGGAGCACCACUGGUUCAACUACAACGCCACGCACUACCCCAACAUGACGCAGCCGCAGCAGUUCUUCCCCGUCAUCGUCACCCCCACCAGCAUCUACUACAUCAUGUACAUCUACGUGGCCACGUCCGAGAGCGUGCUGGCCAUGGGCUUCUUCCGCGGCCUGCCGCUCGUCCGCACCAUGAUCACCAUCUCCAUGAAGCUCCACGAGCAGAUGCUCGGCGCUGUGUUGCGUGCUCCCAUGGCUGUGCUCAACACCAUGAAGACAGGCCGUAUCAUGAACCGCUUCACCAAGGACAUGGGCACCAUCGAUGACAUGCUUCCCCUCCUGAUGUUUGACCUCAUCCAGCUCCUCCUGAUCGUGGUCGGUUGCUUGUUGGUGGUGACCAUCCUGCGGCCCUACAUUUACCUCGCGGCGACGCCAUUGGCUAUCAUCUUCAUGCUCAUGAGGAAGUACUUCCUGCGGACGGGCCAGCAGCUGAAACAGCUGGAGACAGAGGCUCGGAGCCCUAUCUUCUCUCACCUCAUCAUAUCCAUGAAGGGUCUGUGGACGAUCCGGGCCUUUGGGCGGCAGGCCUACUUUGAGGGUCAGUUCCAGAAGGCUCUCAACACCCACACGGCCACGUGGUUCCUGUACCUGUCCACCCUGCGCUGGUUCCUCUUCCGCGCCGACGUAAUCUUCACACUCUUCUUCACCCUGGCCGCCUGGAUUGCAGUGGGAACCACCAAGGACCCAGAUGUUGGUGAGGUUGGCAUCAUUGUGGUCAUGGCCAUGCUUAUCAAUGGUACUUUCCAGUGGUGUGUGGUGACGAGCAUCGCUGUUGAUGGAAUGAUGCGCUCUGUGGACCGAGUCUUCAAGUUCAUCGACCUGCCGUCGGAGGAGCCGAAGACGGAUGGGUUGGGCUCGACCAAAGGCGGCAGCAAGGAGAAAGACAAGGACCUGGUCAUCGAGAACGUGGACGCCUGGGCCUACAACGCCUGGCCCAACCACGGCCAGCUGGACGUGCAGAAGCUGUCGGUGAAGUACACGGAGGCCGGACUGGCCAUCAUCAAAGACCUCUCCUUCUCUGUGGAGGGUGGACAGCGGAUGGGCCUUCUGGGCCGGACGGGCUCGGGGAAGAGCACCCUGUUCAACGGGCUGCUGCGGCUGGCCCAUACUGACGGCGAGGUCCUCAUAGACGACCUGUCCUGGAACAACAUGCCCCUGAAGGUCUGGAGGAGAGCGUUCGGCGUCAUCCCUCAGAAAGUGUUUAUCUUCACCGGAAGCUUCCGCAUGAACCUGGACCCAUAUGGCCGGCACAGCGACGAGGAGUUAUGGCGGGUCACUGAGGAGGUGGGGCUGAAGUCGGUGAUCGAGCAGUUUCCUGACAAACUGGACUUCGUGCUGGAGUAUGGCGGCCAUGUCCUGAGUUAUGGCCACAAGCAGCUCAUGUGUUUGGCCCGGUCCAUUCUGAGGAGGGCCCGCAUCCUCCUGCUGGACGAGCCCAGCGCCCAUCUGGACCCCAUCACCAUAAAGGCCCUGAAGAGCACGCUGAGGGACUCCUUCUCCACCUGCACCAUCCUGAUGUCGGAGCACAGGAUGGAGACGCUGCUGGAGUGCCAGUCUUUCCUGCUGCUGGACCAGAGCACGGGGAAGACGUACGACUCCAUGCAGAAGCUGCUGAACGAGACGAGCCACCUGAAGCAGGCCAUGAGCCCGGCGGAGCGGCUCAAGCUCUUCCCCCGCCGCAACUCCAGCAUGCGCGUGCCCCAGCCCAAGAUCAGCGCCGUCACCCUCACCCUGGAGGAGGAGGCCGAGGACGAGAUCCAGGACACGCGCCUGUGAUCCCACACCGCCUGCAGCGGACACCAAGAGAGAGGGACAGAGAGAGAGAGGGAGUGACUGAGAGUGAGAGAGAAUGACAGAGAGAGAGAGGGAGUGACUGAGAGAGAGUGAGAGAAUGAUUGAGAGAGAGAGAGAUUGACUGAAAAGAGUGUGAGAGAAUGAUAAAGAGAGUGAGUGAGAGAGUGUGUGAGUGACUGAGAGUAUGUUAGAAUGAGAGAUAGAGAGAGAGAAUGAGAGAGAGAGAAUGAAAGAGGAUGGAUGGAUGGAUGUGUGGAGCUUUGGAGCAGGUCCUCUUCUCACGCCAGCCCUGCUGCCUCCGUUUCAGAGACUCUUUAGGGGCAGACUGGCUUGGACCCAGACAAGAAAGGCACAACUCAAUUCUUCAUCCAUAUCUCAGUGGAGUCUCAUAGGUACUGCUUUGAUGUCGUCUGUCUAAAAACAAUCUUUUAUUUGUGUUGAGAGUUGGCUGUUCAAAGACCGCAGAGAUAGGCUGAAAAAAGGCUUCGUUAAGAGGUUAUUAAUUAAGCUGGACAUCAAGUCAUUUGUCUCAACAUUUCUAUUAAUUAAGCUGGACAUCGAGUCAUUUGUCAACAUUUCUUGUAUUAGGUCUAUGCAACAAAAAAAAAAAAACAUGAGGUACUUUGUACAGUAACAGACUUUUUAACCCCCUGCACCUUCAGUUUCAUAUCAGAUAGCUACUGUAUAUCCUAUUCCUCAGCAUAGCCUCCCUAACCCAGACACUUUAUGGAAGAUUAUGGUUAGAGUACUGCAUCGUACCUUGACUGGAGCCUUGAAAUGUGAUUGUGUCAAGGUUAUUUUUUUACUUUGUAAAUUAAGAGUUAUUUGUCUCAGUUGCUUGUAUUCAUCAGAACAAUUCAUUGAUUUAAAAAGCAAGUGUAAGUACAUUGUUAAGUAUCAAGACACAAAAUGGUGGCAUUUUCAGAGACAGAACAUGGGCAUUUAUCCUCUAAACACAUGGGAAUAACCAUGAAGUCCCAAAUGUUGAUAGAAUAGAGUUGUGUGGACUGGAAUGAUAUGUAUCAGCAAUAUUCCCAAUGUUUUUUUUUUCCAUAUUGAAAUGAGUAUGUAAGCCAGAAUAGACUCAGGUUGCAGCAUACAGUACACAGUGUCAUUCUCUAUGUUUAUGCUAAACAGUACUGAUUCCCAUACACCCUUGACCCUUCCAAGCUCUGUAAUCAGAAGAAGCAUACCAGUCCAUCUCAUCCUACGCUUUGUAAAGGACCACUGUAAACGCUGCAGUGACACAUCAUGCGCGUCAGCAGAUUCAGAUGUUCCAGACGCUUUUGAACGAAGGACUGCGACAAAAGAGGGACAGUGAGAUUAUUUAUAUGACACUCAAGGAUGUCAAGACAUUUAUAGCCAGUUAUGCAGAUUGUUGUUCUGGCUUAUGGGCUAAAAACAGAUCAAAGUGUCCAUUGAAAUAUUUUUAUUAACUUAUCUUAUGACCCGUUUGUGAACAAACACACAAAAAUGAAUUUAAAAAUGACCGUUGUAUACUACUUUAAAUGUAUAAAAGUAUAUCAAUGAGCUGUGUGUUUUCGCAGAAUGUGAAAUUGGCUAAUGAUGUUGAAGAAUCUAAUUUGCCACAACACAUUACCAAAUUCAUCAUUUCAGUUUAGCUAUUGAAGAAACAAGUGUAUUCAUAGGAAGACAAUUUCAAAAUUGUAUAAUAUAUGUAUUUUUUUCCUGAGGAAAUGAUUUCUGCAAUCAAAUUGUUUUCCAUUAAAAUGAUUUUGAGAGA